CUUCUUGCCACCAUUUAGCCGUCACCUCCAGCUACCACCCGACAGCUACCUAUGAGAAUCAUUUUCGGUCAAUAAUGUUUGUCAUUGUGUAAGACGACCGUCCGCUGUCUUUUGCAGGCUUCACCAUCGCAGCUCACACUCUCAAGUUGUUGCUUCUACAGCACAGGAUCCUCACCUGUUUCACGAACACAUCUUACGGUCAUAUAUGGAUCUGAUUCUUGCCCCAACGGAUUUGCUUCAAGAAUAAGAAAAAAACUACAAAAUUUCCAAACUCAAUUAACAGUCUGUUUAAGGGGAUGUUAGGAUAUAGGGUUUUCUAUAUUAGGUUUUAUUUAUUUUCCUUGUUAGAAUAUUUGCAUUUAGGUUUGAUUGUAAUCCAACCAUAAAGAUUCGAUUACCAUUCUUGUAUUUUCUCCACCUACUUCAAUUUCCCUAAAAAUAAGGAUUUUUUUUUUUUUUUUUAAAUAAUCAAGUGAAUAAGAGCAGCAAUGUAGAUCUUAGGGCAAUAAGUGGGGGAUAUAGGUUCUAACACCGAAACCGAACCACUCCAAAACAUCGUGUCUCCAUUUUCUCUCUUUUCGUCCGCAAUUUUCUCUCACUUCACAUUUCAUUACAAAUUUCUACAAGGCGGGCCAUAAGCAAGCAUUAUGUUCUAGCAUGGCAACUCUUGCCCGUAAUCUAAGUUGUACAGAAUUGACACUCUCCCUCUAGAAAGUCAAUGCCUCCCAACUCUCUUACUGUAUACUUUAUUUCCAGGCAACUUCUUUUGUUUCAUUCUUUAGUAGACAUAAAAGGGUCCUGUCAUGAAGGCUCAAAUUCAUACCAACCAUUGCUAGACAGUUGUAAUCAACAAGUGCAAAUGGAAGGAUGUUCCUGCAAAUCUGGAGACGGAAAAGAAGGUGGCAAUGGAUUCACUGAGAUCACUCUGCGGCCACUGGAUCUUUCUGACAUUGACCAUUUCAUGGUGUGGGCUUCAGAUGAUAAAGUGACUCGUUUUUGCUCAUGGGAACCCUACACUAGCAAAGAAGAUGGCAUAGACUUUAUGAAGAACAAGGUUAUUCCCCACCCAUGGUUCAGGGCAAUUUGCCUCGACAACCGGCCAAUUGGUUCCAUUUCAGUGACACCAAAGUCAGGAAUCGACAAGUGCAGAGGUGAAAUUGGCUAUGCUUUGAGCUUCAAGUACUGGGGCAAAGGGAUUGCAACGCAGGCUGUGAAACUGGUGGCUAAUACUAUAUUUGGUGAGUUUCCACACCUGGAGAGGCUUGAAGCUAUAGUUGUUGUGGAAAAUGUGGGCUCCCAGAGGGUGCUUGAGAAGGCUGGGUUCCAGAGGGAAGGUGUUCUAAGGAAGUAUUUUAGUUUGAAGGGGAAAACCAGAGACAUGGUGAUGUUCAGUCUUCUUUCUACUGAUCCCAAAGCCUGAAUAUUUGUACAUUAUUAUUAAUGUCUGUGAAUUGUGAACCUCAAGGCACCCUCCUGCAUAAUACAUUGUUAAAAGUUCUGUUGAAA